AUGGCCACGGGAGGCGGAUCUUCUGAGCAGUGAAGUGCAGUUUGCUUACGUCCGAGAUACCAGGUGCAGUGGGACCAAUCGAACCCCGGUCCUGCAGUAUCACGAUGAUAGAACUGUGAACAUUUGCGGAUUGGUUCUGUGUACUUACACUGUGACACUCGCCCACUUGGGUUCUGUGUGGAACGGCUGAAACGCGCGGUACCUAGAAGUGCCUUCAGAACGAGUUGCCCUGACUUGAGGAUACCCAACAGCGGGCUGCAGGGUACAGGCGGAAACUCUGUGAGGUGCAGCAGAAGCCGGGCGUCACCAAUGACUUCUCCAUGAGUGCAAACAGUACCCGAUAAGAACUGCCAACUUGACGUUGUCACUCGUUUGAAGUUCCCCACUGUGAGACCUGACCGUCGCCCUGGACACCAACGAGGAGAACAUGAGUGGCUCGAGUGGGGGCAGCACCAUCUCGCUCUCAGACGGCGCCCCCAGCGUCACAACAAACAUCAUGAGGCCGCAGGAGCCGCCGCCCCCAACACCUGUCCAGGACAACCAGCACCACAACCCUGACCAGUCGCCAGAGUCAUCACCGGCGGCCAACAAGAGAAACAGCACCGUGAUGAUGAUCACAGAUCAGGACAAGAGUAGGGGGAGAACUGCCGGGAUCGACAACCCGGGGUUCGAAGAAGAUGGUGAACAGGCCGCGACGAUCGGCAACGGAGGCAGCGUGACUGUCCCUUCGAACGGAAGCACUUCCUCCUUCCUGGACACGAGCAUGCUGACGGAAAUGAAGGACGUCGACAAGAAGAGGGACAAGGAGGUUGCCGAGGCGGUGAACCUGGAGCUGGUCAGCAUGAACCCUUUCUCGACGACGCUGGAGACGAACGGCGUCAACGGCAUUCCAGUGAAGAAGGACGGCGAGCAGGCCGCUGUGGGCGACGGCUACGCGGACCCCUACGACGAGUACUUUGUGCCAGUGAACGAGCACCGCAAAUACAUGAGGGGUGAGAAGCUGUAUGUGACGAAGGACAAGAGACGCUCACAGUCCUGGAGACGGUGCAUUUGUUGGGGCAUCGGAUUUGUUCUGCUCUCAGUAGCCAUUUUGAUAGCUGUAUUAGCAGGAACUGGAGUCAUCUUGUCUCAAGAGGGUCAGACACUUGUAACAGAGAAGACUGAAACAAGUCGCCAGCUUGGUAGCAGUGGUAGUGAUAGUCCACGGACAGGGGGCAGUUCAGACAGGGCAGGAGGCAGAAGUGAGCUGCCUCCCCUAGAAGCAUCGUCAUUCACUCCACCGCCACCCUUACAACCUAACAUCCCCAGUAUGCCAACCACUGACAUGUCCCAGCUGUAUGUUCCUCGAGUACUGGAGGGCGAGCUUGUAAUUGACAGCAUGGAAUUCAACCCAAGACUGUCCAUGAGUGGAUCUGAAGAGUUCCAGGAACUGGCAAAUUCUCUGGAGGAGGAACUGAAGAGGGCCCUCUUUGAUGUCCAGACUCUGAACUAUGGUGCUGCAGAUAUUUUUGUCAAAGUUGUUGGUUUCUCUCGCGGCAGUGUGGUGGUGAAGUUCCGCGUUGGUUGGGAGUUCAAGGAGGGCAUCAGAAAGGCUCCUGAUCCAGUAGACAAGGAUGCAGUCCGACAGCGACUGGAAAGGCAGCUGAAUUUGAAUGGAGGCACACUGGGAACAUACCAUGUUCCAAUGGGAUCCAUCCGAGCCAGGCGUCUGCUUGAUGCAUGUCAGUUCAACAAUGGGGAGUGUUCACAUGACUGUGCAUUCGACUACCACAAUAAGAUGGCGUUUGUGUGCAUGUGUCCCACUGGCCUACACUUGGAUGCAAGUGGCAAAAACUGCACUGACUCCCUUCCAGUGGAAACGGAGUCAACACCAACGCACAGCCAUGAGCCUUCACCUGAGCCUGUGCCUGAAGCUGCUCCUGAACCAUCACCUGAGCCUGUGCCUGGAGCUGCUCCUGAACCAGAACCAGAACCAAUUACAGAAUCAGCUGAACCAACUAGAACCUCCACUGCCUCUACAACUAUGCUGAACAGUUAUGAUACCAAUCAUCAAAUGGGUCCCAUACCAGAACAUACCACACUUCAGUCGCAACAGUCAAGGCAUCCUGACUAUGUCACAGCUCAGCCAUCACCAUCUGGUCCCCAGGAACACCUUGGUCAAUAUGAUAACAGUGUUGGUGAACAAGUUCCUGCAUCAACUGAAAUGGCUCUCUCAAAGCCAGAAAGUGUGUCAGUUCACGAGGCCCACGAAAUUGCCCUGGAUCAUGGAUCUUCACAAACCUCUUUACCUCAGGGGGAAAAUAAAACCCAUGCAUUACACAUUGCUGAAGGAAACAGCACUGAAAUAUCAGAGGAUCCACAUAAGUACUUUGCAGAAGUUCCAGCAACUGUUCAGGUGAUUUAUGAUGAUACAACACAUGCAGAGCAUGCUGAGCAUUCUCCUGUAGAUGAUCACAAGCUGAAUCACGAUGGACUUGAAUCCACCUCCUCUCCUCACUUUCAUACAGAAACGCAGACUUUAACAGUCAGUGUUAUUGACAGAAACCACAGUCAGACCACUCAUAUUCCAUACAAAAUGGCUCCACAUGAAUAUUUCAUGACUGACUUUCCUGUCGAGAUGAUUGCCAGACAUGAACUGAAUGAUAGCAUUGUGAUGGUGAGUACCCAGAGCCCAGAAUCUCUGACACCGCAUGAAUCAGAACAUGACCGUAGCAACUCUGAAACUUCUGCAAGUCUCCCUGAUGUAUUUAUGCCUUCUGAGGAAACACAUACUGGUGUAGAUACUAUUGUUACAACUAAUUCUCCUCUUACAUCACAUCCAAUGGAACAUCACACAGCUGUAAAUGUAGAAACCCUUGCCAAGCACUCUGAAAAUGAAGCCGAGCCCACAGAUUAUCCAUUUGAUAUGGAAAAGAAAAGAGACUUUGCCCACAAUUUUGGUGGAAAUGGAUCUGAAGAAGUAAACAGCUCCACAGGCGAGAAGUCACGAAUAGCAGAGUCACUAGAGAACAGUGCAGAAGGACGUGUGUUCACAUCCCAUGGCGUGAAAAUGGAGAAGGAAAUUGAAACAAACUCUUCCAAGUUCCAAGAACAGGAGAUACCCACUGUCAUUCCUGUCAGAAUUAUUCAUGCUAAUGAUCCUAGUCACAGUGACAUGGUGAUGACUGGUCAUGCAAACAUGUUGACACCAAGUGGAGACAAUGUCACUGAAAUAGUUCCUGGCAGCUAUGAUGAAAUGGCUGCUCUUUCACCAAUAACUCCAGAGGAGCACAAACAUGAUGGCGUCUUCUCCAAUGAUGUGUACUUCCCUGAUUCAGAACAUGCAGAAAACGACACUUUCUUGAAUGCAUUGUCACCAGAAGAUUAUGACAACCAUCCUCUGCGGCCGGUUACUGUCGUGUCAAGACCCACAGAAAAUGCGACAUCUGUGACUAAUCUGAAGUUAAAGAAGGGCCCACGUCUUGAUGAUGAUCAGAUGUUUCAGAUGAACCCAAAUGAGGAGCAUGAACAUAAUGUUACUAAUGAACCUACUGUUGAAAAUAUAUCGGCGAUUGUUCAUGUUUCUGAAUCAGUUCCACUGUCACCUGUAACCCCAGUCACAGAACUCUACCAUGAAGAGGCCCACAUGUCAGACAGUGAACGGUUCCCAUUGCCGUCGGAUGAUAAUUCACAUCCAAACUUAAUUUCUGCAGGAGAAGUUCAUGAACAUGGGAAUGUGACGUUUGAGGCUGUUCAGCAUAAUUCUGAGACUGCAAACAAGAGUGAGGAUGCUUCCGUUGCUGUUGAUGCACUUGGUGCAUAUGAGAACGGUACUGAACCUGCAGCAAGAGACGCUAUGCUGAAGUCUGAAGUGCUGAAAGGUACAGAUGGCCAUGUCACUGAAGAUGACAUACUGGCAGUGAGUGUGACAGAAAGCAUGUCUGAAGACGCAGCUACAGUCCCAGCCAUUACUACCGAGAAUUUUGUUUCAUCAGGUACAGAAGUUCCUGUCAUGAAACCUGAAGAGGUUUCUACUGACAGCACGUUGAAAGAUGUUGAGAUGGUCACCAUGCUGGAGCCAGAGUUGGUAACUGCACCCGACAGCAAUUUUACAUCAUCAGUUCUUGUACAUGAUUCAAACAAUUCUAGUGAAAGGAACGUGAGCUGGCCUUCGAGGGAGAACGUGAUUGAGGACGGUAACGUGUUGCAUCCAGGUUUGUUCAACACAACAACAGAAGAUGAAGUAGACCAUCCCUUGACAGUUGCUCCUCUCAAAGAACAUCUUGAAAACGAAACCAUUUCACAUAGAAACUUACAUGAAGAUAGGGAGGCCCAUGAGACAGUGGCAGAAUCGGAGCAGUCAGUCGAGUUGACCACACGAGUGGAGUCUGUGGACGCCGCUGCUGAGAGCGUGCUGAAUGAUGCAGAGAACAGUACUGCCUCUCCAAGUGACUCUCUGAUAACCCAAUCAGUUGUUCAGAUGUUGACAGCUAAGAUCUUGGAAUCACUUUCAAGUGAGUCGAGCUCAGAGGCAAAUUACGUAACUACUGUGAUUCCUCAUGAAGAAAACGACAUUUCAUCAGGAGGGGAGGUGAAUGAUAAGGGAAAAGAGACAGAUAUUUCCAUGAGUGCAAUACCAGAGAACAAACAGCUGGAUGCCAUACAACCAGAGAAUGAAGUUCUGGUACCUACUGCUCAGAAUAUAACUCAGAAUGGAGAAAUGAAGUUGUCCCCCAUGAGCAAUGAUACAGAAACAACCACUGAUUCAACAGACAUGACUGAUAAAGGUGAUGUGGUAAGUAAUGCAGAGUCUCCCAGUCUUCUUGUGAGUUCAGGUGAAGAUGCAACCCCAUCCACUUCCCCAGAGGAAAGUAACAUGAAUAAAACUGAAGGAACUACAACUACAACUACUACAACAGAAACGCCCUUGGAAAGUGAUAAUGAAGCUGAUGAUUCUGAUCUGUUCCUUGGUAAGCCAGAAGGAGAGCGCAUAAACACAGUGAAACCCCUCCCUCACAACAUUUCGUCCACACGCAGUGAAUACAAAUCCAGUACAGAAUUUUCUUCACUUGGUAUCACUAAUAGCACGGAUGAAAAUUCUCAUGGUGACUUGGUAACAGGAGUCAGUGACCACAGCAACACUGCAUUUGAGAAGCCACACGCAUUUACUGACAUAGAGAACAGACUUCUGGUAGAGUCUGGUAAGGUCCCUGACAUGAGCACAUCAUCCACAACAGAGUACGCGAAUGAGAUCCAUGCCUUGCCUCCGAGUGGAGGUGGGAACAUCAUUCCACCAACAGCACAGAGCGUCGUGCUGAUUGAUCCAAUCACAGGUGAAAUUCAGGCUCCCACAUCAGUUGGCCAACUGAAGAAUGAAACCUUCUCUGCAGUCGUGACUGGAAGCGAUUCUGCCAUUGAGCAUGUACAGCACAGUGAAAAUGCAACAGCUCCAAAGGCAGAGAAAGAUCUGUCUGUUGUUUCCAUAAGCAGGCAAGAGCAAAAGAAGAAAGACUUCUUAAAUGGCUCGGUGAACAAGAAGACUCUGAAACCCACAGGCGAGAUAAGCAGCCUGCAAGGAGACAGUGAGCAACUGAUUACUGAUAAGUCAGUGAUUAACCUGUAUGAGAAGAAGACAGUUGAUAAAUUGCAGAAGUUUGAUAAAGACAACAGCAAGAAAAUAGAUAAGAUGGGUUUUGCAGCUUUGCCAGUCUCUGUUAUGGAAUCUGAUCUGACUGAAGACAUGGAUGUAACUACAGCUACAAAGGAAAUGUCUGCAUUAGCUACAUCUUCAAGCACAACUGCUAUGCCCAUUCCAGGCACAAAGUCUACAACUGAAGCAUCUGGUUCAGUGGAAAAUGAGCCGAGACCUGUCGAUGAAGAAGACGAAAAUGAGGACCCUCUCAUACUUUUACGAGGUGAUGUCGAGCAUGUAAAUAUUGUGGAGCCAAAUGAUAUGGCAAAGAAGGAACAAAAAUCAGACCCACAAAGAAAUAAGGCUUCUAGAUAUGAAGGCAAGACAGUCAUGAAUGAAAACGUCACGGUGGCAGAUGAUGAGCAUAUUGUGGCUAGGAGUGACACUGCAUCCAAGACAGAGGAUGCUCCAGAAUCAGCUAUAGCUGUUGGUAUUGAACCUGCAGUCUCAUUAGCAGCAAAUGAAACAUCAAUACUGGCAGAUGAUCUUCUGACACCCAGGAUACAACAUGAGAGCGACACUGUAGUCCCUCUGAGAAGUAAGAAUGAGUCAUCAUCUUCCAGCACUGCCUCCAGUGAGGAGAAAGUGAUGGUGGUAACAUUACCUACUGAUGAAUCAUCAUUAAAUUCUGAUAAUCAGGAUCCAAGUCCUAAAGUAUUAGGUGGAAAUGUUGAAGACAAUACAACUGUAGUUGAUAUUCCUUUGCUCACAUCCAUGAAUUCAGAGUCAAGCAGUGAGAUACUGAAUGCUGCAGGAAAUAGUACAGUAACAAAUGUUAAUCAUGGAAAUGUGGGAACACCACUUGAAGAAGGUAGUGAUUCUGAGGCCCCCACUACAGCACCUUCUUUGGAGCCAUCUAUAAACACAACCAUUGAAACAUCAUCAAACUCAGAAGAAGUUCCUGCCAUUACUGUAGUAACACUGAACAGUGAAGAUCUUGCCAAGUUGCACAAAGGAACAACUGUGACACUUGAAGAUGGUGAGUCACAGAACUCAACAAGAAAUUUUAAUACAACAGAGGUGAUAGAAGAUGCAUCUCCAGCAGGACACAAUAAUGGUGUAAUACACCAGUUGACUGCUGAAAAUGGUACAGCGGUUGGAGGAUAUGUGUUUGGAGAGGUACCCAUGGCAUUUUCAAAAUGUGCAUCAGGUCAGUUUCAGUGCGUGAAUGGAACAUCACAUGAAGGAGCCUACUGUGUGAGUCAGGUGGCAAAGUGUGACUCCGUGAAUGACUGUUCAGAUGCGUCAGAUGAGAUGGGCUGUGUAGAGGAGGGAUGCCCCGGCAACUUCCAGUGUUCCAGUGGUCAGUGCCUCAAGAGACAUCUGGUGUGUAAUGGCAUUGUGGACUGCAAUGAUGGCAGUGACGAGGUGAACUGCGAAAAAUGGCACUGUCAGUUUGAUGAGUUCCAGUGUUCAUCAGGCCGCUGCAUACCAUUCCUGUGGCACUGCGAUGGCAAGCCAGACUGCGACAACCACACUGACGAAUACAACUGCAUGAGUUCCUGUGGAAAUGAUGAGUACCUCUGCCCAGAGCGGUGGUGCAUACCGAUGACCUGGCGAUGCAAUGGGAUUGCUGAGUGCGCUAAUGGGGAGGACGAGAAAUUGUGUGACUGUUCACUGGACCAGUUCCGAUGCAACACAGGGGGCUGCAUUCCGAAGAUGCAGGUCUGUGACUCUGUGGAGCACUGCCCAGAUAUGAGCGACGAAUGGGGGUGUGUCCGUCUGCACAAUGACACAAUGAACUUGCAGAUAAGGUCUGCAGAGGGGACAUGGCACCCUGUUUGUGGGGAUGGCUGGGACAGCAGCUGGAGUGACCUCGCCUGCCAGAGCCUGGGGUACAGUAAGGCCAUCUUCACCGAGAACCCACCAGUGAGUGACAGUGUCAGCGAGUAUUAUGCCCUGAAACCAGGAAAUGCAGUGCCCCUAAGAGGGGCAAGUUCUCAGCUGACAUCAUCACUUCAGAAGUCUGGCAAUGAGUCUUCCUGUACAUCGGGCACUGUGGUCGAAGUCUCAUGCCAGGAGUUUACUUGUGGUAGCCAUGGCCUUGCUGAUGGAGUUGCGGCGCGGCUAGUGGGUGGGGAUGGUGCUACAAACGGCCAGUGGCCAUCAGUGGCUUUGCUGUACCACACGAGACACAAGUCAAGUUGCACUGCCAGCAUUAUCAGCCCCAAAUGGCUCCUGUCCUCUUACAGCUGUCUCCAUCUCAGGGACAAAAUGCUGACUGCAGACAGCUGGGUGGCAUUUGGCGGCGGGUCCAUGUUUGAGACAGAUAAGCCAGAGACCCAGAUACGAGAAGUUCAGUCCAUCAUCCCGUACCCACAGGUGAAAUACAACCAGUUCCUCUACAACAAUGAUAUUGCGCUUAUUGAACUGAGCCAGCCACUCAUGUUCACACGAUAUGUGGGUGCCAUCUGCCUGCCAGAGAAGGAAAUUGAGCCACGCCAACUCUGUGUCACUGCUGGCUGGGGUUAUACUUCUCCUGGAGAGAUCAACUUCAGCCAGUACCUCCACUACUUGCCAGUGCCGACCAUCGACCUCAGGGACUGCAAUAGUACCAAGCAUUAUGCAGGUUUCAUCACUCAGGACGAGAUAUGUGCUGGCUUCACAGAUGCAGAGAAGUCUCCUUGUUAUAAUGAUGAGGGCGCACCACUGAUGUGCGUCAGUGAGGGCGGUGUCUGGGAGCUGCAGGGAGUCCUCAGCUACCACAGCAACUGUGGACAAGGGUACCAUCCAUCCAUUUUCAGCUCCAUCACUGCUGUAAGAGGCUGGGUUGAGAAGACUGUCGGCUCUCGCUUUGAGCGCAAAUCAACGUUUAACGUACGGCGACGGAGAGCACUGGCGGAAAUUUUAAAUUAGGGAGUGUACGGAAGGAGAGAGUGCCAGAGUAAGAGCACAGUGCAGGUUGCAUAAUGCAACAGCUAUGCCCGUGUAGUGCAAGUCAUACAGCAGGUUUAGGCAUACAUUCUCUUGGAGUUUGCUGUAAGUGAAGGUAAGACUGUAUACUCUCAUUUUCAGCCAGUCAUGUUGGUAACCAAGUCAAAUGUCUGUGAUUGUAUGCCGAAGUGGCUGCUGUGCCAAAAUGUACUGUGCUGUACUCACCAACAUGACACAUUGGUAAUGUGGAAGACUUUGAAGUUAUUUGCUGGAAUUUAGUCUCUCUCUUCCAUGUGUGACUGAAGAGGUCGAGAGAAACCAAGCACUUGUAGCUUCAGCUACAACAGCAUAUAUGCUACUGAACACUGGGUGCUCAUACAUUCCAGUGUAGGGUUCAUGCUUUGAAAUUUCAGUUAACUGUUAUUAAAAAAUUGGAAAUUUUGUAUAAACAUUUGUGUGGCACAUGCAUUAGAUUUAAAACAUGUCAGAUUUGAAUUUGUUUCUGUUUCUCUCUUCAAGCCUUUUGUGGAAUAGAUAAGGAAUUAACAGAAGAGAGAUUUGAAACAUUUCCUAUAGGGUUUAAUGGUAGGCAGACUUCACACCACACACUGAGAAGUGAGGACAGAAGAUUACUGAGGCCUGAUCUUCUCACUACAGUGAGUAUUAAGAUUGCAGUCUUCUGGGUUGUAAAGAAGUCACUGCUUCUGCUCUGAAGGUUAAGCCAAUAGAAUCCUCCUGAGCAUAACAGCCUAUCUGUCAAACCAUGUAACGUCACAUUUCAGAAAAUGUAAUUUUAAUAUUCACCACUUUGAGAACUCUGGGUCUCAUCUGCAGAAAUCUAAGACAUUUGGUACAAGGAUGUUCAUCUUCUGCAGUAAGGACCUCCAGAGCUAUGGAAGUUUCUAACCACCCAGUGUUUCAAUUGAAAAUUCCCCCCAGUCUGUCUUGAUUACUCUCCUGUGCAGAGCAUAAUAGAGGGGCAGGAGAUGCAUCCAUCUCUGCAUGUCACAUAAUUUUCAUGUUUACUGAUGGUUAGGCUGAUAAUUAUUGUGUUAACCUUUAGGCCUCCACAUUUUCAAGCACUGACACAUCCUCCAGACUCGUUUCAUUUCGGCAGUAUUUGUGUUGUUAUUCUGACUUUGACUGGACAAAAAUUUUACUGCCUCUUCAACUUAAAUUCUCUGAGCAGGAACAAAGGUUCAAAUCUUCAUAGAACACGUGAAGUUGGUAUUCAGAAGUGGCAUGAAGAGAAACAGAACACAUUAUAACAUUAUAAACGAGUACAUGUAUGGUUGGUCCUGAAUAUGUUAAAUGGUAGUUUCUGCGAAACUGCCUUACAUCACACAGGUCAAUAAUGUUACUGAAAUAAACAUAAGACAUGAUUACAGGAAGCAUAUUAAAGAAGUUGCCAAAAUGGUUAAGUUAUACAGUAUGUCCCGAAAGCUGAUACUGAUAGUAUAAUGGCAAUGCAAAAACGUCGCUCAACGCAAGAAAUUGAAGUGUGGAUGGUGGAGUGCACAUAGUAAACACUUAUAUGUAUAUAGUAGAUGCACAAGCGUCCAUAUUUUCUGCAUCUGCGAAGGAUGUUAUGGACAGUCUGUACAUGCACGAAUUCCGUCCUUUGGGUUGCAUUACAUGCAGCCACGUGACAAUAUGUUUCCUAAUAUUGCUGUUUACGCAAAUGAUUUGCUUAACUGACUGAUUUCCAUUAAAGCAAUGCUAUAUGCAGAGAGACAAGGGAGAAUGUAGAAGCAGUUAGCUGCUGAACUGUUUGUACAAGUGUGUGAAUGUAUAUACUUGUCAGAGUCUGAGAGGAGUUGACUGAAGAGCAAAAUGGCGUGACAUGAGAAAGUGAAAGACAAAGUGAAUUAUGAUAUUUGCUCAGGCUUAUUUGUCUAAUAAGAUAGAAGAUAUGUAAAUACUGUAAAAAGAA